AUGGACUACGAAAAACUAUCCCCAGUUGUAGCUCGGAUACGACCUAGAACAUCGCACAAAAUUGUUGGCAUCGGUAUCAUCAUUGUUGUGCUCAUAUACGUGGCUACCCAGCUUUCAGACUACCAGCUAUCAACUUCCACAUUCCUUGCUGCUACGUCGACCGCUGGCUCGAGCGUCGCCGAUACGGUUGGGGACGUCAUUGAUAGUCAGGUCGCCAAUAGCUUUGAUGGUGUCUCUGAUAGUGAGGUCACCGACAGCGCUGCACUUGGCACCACUGCUGUUGAUGACCUUUUCCAAGCCAAGAUCGAACCCAUACCGAACAUUGUCCACUACGUGUGGCUUUUGAACCCACUUAAAAACAACACGAAUACACGUCUGGAAUUUAAGCACUUCCUCUCUUUGUACGCUGUCUCAAUCUACUGGAAGCCUGACAAGAUCUUCAUUCAUACCGAUAUCGCGGAGGGUGAUUUCUUGCCCGAACCCGGUACCGAGACUCCCGAGGACGAGUGGAAUCUACUCAUCACCGGGCAACCAAAUGUUGAGGUCAACCAUAUCACGGCACCAAGCCAUGUGCCCGGCACAAAUAGGACCAUCGACAGAAUUGAACACAAGUCUGAUUUUUUGAGGCUACACAUGAUGCGGACAUAUGGUGGUAUCUACCUUGAUUGGGAUGCUCAUCCUCUACGUGACAUCAAGCCAUUACGGUACUCGGGAUUCAAAGCUGUUGUUGGAAGAGAGCCGAGCAAUCGAAUCCAAACCGGGACCUACAUGGCACGGAGGGAUUCCGACCUGAUGAAAACAUGGUCUGAGAAGAUGGCUCUAGCAUAUGAUGGCACAUGGACGCACCACAGCAACACCCUCCUCACCUAUCUUGCGCCGCGGUUGGUACCACAACCAGGUGAAGUCCUCAUUAUGGAGCAAGAUGCAUUCACUCCAGGAGACUUCACCACGCCAUCCUAUAAUCGAUUCUACGACAUCCACAACGACAGUCCGCUACAAGAUCUCAGCGACAUCUGGGAGGGCCUCUUUGAUCGAUUUGACGACCCAAAGCACUGGCCCAAGUGGCAUAUCAAUUACUCUGCAACCUACGUUCUGCACGUGUUUGGCAUACAACGUGCGCAGAAGGAUCUCAAGUUGAAUGGAUUUACGGAUCUGACACCGGAAUAUGUCCUUGCCAGGCAGAGCAAUGCCGCAAGAGCCCUUUAUCCUACGGCCAGACGAAUGGUUGAAGAAGGUCUGAUAGCCGACCCAUACGCGGAGGCAUGA